CGCCCGGCGGUUGCUAAGGAAGUAAAAAAAAAAGUUUGCUCUGACGCAAGAUGCCUAAGUUGAGGACCAUGGCACUUGUUUACAUCUGAAAACAAGUGAGAGACUAGGAUGAAUGAAAAUGGAGACGCCAUCAUACCAUUCCACCCUGCUGAACCUCCCUCCAGGAAGGAUACACGUAGCUUCCACAUAGAAGGGGGAAAAGAUGGAAUCAGCAACGAAAUCAGAAGUACCAAGAAGUCUAGUGAAGCACUCCUAAACCCUGAGGAUGAGCGAAAUAAGGCCACGACGAUUAGUCCCUACCAGCCGCAUCCACCCUUCCUUCCCAAACCUCCGAGUAUGGGGAAAGGGAGCAAAAACCCCAUGUCCGAGGAGAAGAUAAGGGGGAGGAAACUGAAGAGUAGCCAGGAGAGCCUCACAGACCCGACUGAGACAGGCUCUUCCACGGACUCCCUUAAGGAAGACCGGGCACCUCCUACUCUCGGCAGCGUUACCAGUUUGAAGAAUGGGCAGACUGGAGGGAGCCCGUCUGAUUGGGUGAGAGGGGAGUCUCCGCCGUUCCGGGACCGAUGUAGUAGUCUCCCCGGGGAAGAUGAAUGUCUUCAUGGGCAAGGCUGUCUGGCUGGAAACAAACCGAAACCCUCCAAAAUCAUUUUGUCCCCCCUGCAGCCUAUAGGAGCAUUCCCUCCACUGGAGAACAGCAUCACUUCCCUCUCCUUAAGGUCCACUAAUCGGAUUGACAGGGAUUGCCUGGAUUAUGGGAGGGGGAGCCCUGCGGAGAGGCUGCACCGAAACUUCAGUGACAGCCGCCUUUUAGACACCAUGGUGUUGGACAGCACCUCGGUCAACUCCAUGAAGUCCACCCUAAGCGCGCUGAAUCCGAUCCGACCAAAAGAUGUGAGGAACAGGAGCUUUCUCGAGGGCAGCGUUCUGGGGAGUGGUGCCUUGCUCGGUGCUGAAGAGCUAGACCGCUACUUUCCUGACAGGCAUGUGGGGAUAUGCAUCGCCACUUGGAACAUGCAGGGAGAGAAGGGGCUUCCAAGCAGCCUAGAUGACCUGCUGCUCCCAACAGACAUGGAAUUUGCACAAGACUUCUAUAUCAUUGGAGUUCAGGAAGGAUGCCCUGACAGGAGAGAAUGGGAGAUCCGACUGCAGGAGACUCUAGGGCCAUUCUAUGUUAUGCUCUAUGCAGCUGCACAUGGAGUGCUGUAUCUCACCAUCUUUAUGCGGCGGGACCUCAUUUGGUUCUGCUCUGAGGUGGAACAUGCCACUGUCACCACUCGUAUCAUCUCACAGAUUAAGACCAAAGGGGCAGUGGGCGUCGGCUUCACUUUCUUUGGGACGUCCUUCCUCUUCAUCACAUCUCAUUUUACCUCUGGAGAUUCCAAGGUGUAUGAGAGGAUCUUGGACUACAACAAGAUAAUAGAAGCUUUAGCUCUUCCCAGGUGUCUUCCCGACACCAACCCUUACCGCUCCGUUGCCUCGGAUGUGACCACCCGGUUCGACGAGGUCUUCUGGUUCGGGGACUUUAACUUCCGCUUAAGUAAAGACCGGCAUGGGGUAGAUGCCAUUUUGAAUGAGCACACUGGGACAAACAUGGGCUCCCUCCUCCAGCAUGAUCAGCUGCACAAAGAAAUGAAAGAUGGCUCCAUCUUUAAGGGAUUUCAGGAAGCCCCUAUCCACUUCCCUCCCACUUACAAGUUUGACAUCGGUUGUGAUGUUUAUGACACCACAUCCAAGCAGAGAACGCCCUCAUACACAGAUCGAAUCCUUUUCAGGAACAGACAAGCUGAUGAUAUCAAAGUGGUUAAGUACACCUCCUGCUCUUCUAUCAAAACGUCAGAUCACCGGCCCGUGGUUGGCAUGUUCCAGGUCAAACUCCGGCCUGGUAGAGACAACAUUCCCUUGGGUGCGGGCCAGUUCGACAGGAUUGUAUACCUAGAAGGCAUCAGACGGAGGAUGACCCGAGAGCUGAAGAGGAGGGAAGUUGUGAUGAAGAAUCAGAGCGCUGUCUGCUCCAUCUCCUGAUCCUGGAUCAGGAUGCCACGAGCCUGACAGUCGUUCCCUCUGUGCCGAGUUACCAACUCAGGAAGCUGGACUUUCAGAACCAAGAGGAAACUCAGAACCAAGAGGAAUUAUGGGAGAUGGAGUGUGUGGCCACCAUCCAGACUAUUAAGUAGUGUUUACCACACCUUCGUGGGGGCUUGAAAAAUGGCUGGAUGUUCACGUCUGCCAGCUGCCGUUGCCCAUUAGGACACACACUGUUCAGUAAACGGUUUAUUUACACAGUGGUACGUAGGACAGGCCAUUAGAAAUGACGAGGACUCCCAUUUCAAGAUGGACUUUUAUAACCCACUUACCUUGUGUACUGUUUUACCUAACAGCUAUGCCUCUGUGACUUGGUUUUUGUAUUUGUUUUGUAUGCUUAUAUUUAAGGACAGAUGACAUUUUAUCACUAGCACAUUUUUUCAAACUAAAGCAGUGUUCAAUGGCCUUGUACAGUUAAAUCAGCAGCUCGACUUCAAGAUUCUGCGGAACAAAUUAUGUUUGACUUUUGGAUCCCAAUUACAUGCUUGAAAUUAGAGAUAUUUUUUUGUAAUUGUUUUAAACAUUCACUGGUACCAUCUUUAACACAAAUAUGUGAUCAUUUUAUGCACCAUUUAAUUUGUUUUAUUCCUGAACUGUCAGUUUAAAAUGUAACUUGUACCUGCUAGAGGUGCAGCAGGUGGAAAAUGCAAGUAGAAAUUGUGCUCAUUAAGAUUGAACACUGAACACA